AAAUAUAACGAGACAUAAAUCUCGUGUGUCUGGCUGAAUAUAUUGUGAAGCAUAUAUAGCUAAGAGGUUGUUUGUGAUUUUCCCUACUGCUGAGACUCUCAACAUAUCUAGUUUUGCAUUUUAUGCUGGAUACUCAUCUGAUUUCAUCUGGCAAAUUUUGUUGAACCACAAUUCAUUCUUACGUUAUCAUUUGCGACACUCUUUUAGGAACCCUCAGACCCAAAGAUAUUACUAUACGAAUAGGUGUUUCAUUAGAAGACAUUUCAUAUAAGAGACUAAAAGAUACCUAAAGCAUGGCUCUUCUUUCGAGGGUACUUCAUCACCACUCCGACCGACCGGACAGGCGUGAGAGAUCGUCUUCGUUCCGAUCUAAUAGCAGCAGCAGCAGUUUUUCCAACUUGACACCAACUAGAUCCGGACCACCAUCUAUAAGUCAUUACUCGACAUCUCCCUCUUUUUCCAUAUCGGUAACGUUGGAAUCUCCUCCGAUUGUGUUGUACGGACAGCCUUCGGAGUCCACUGGUUCCAUUAUAUCCGGACUACUUAAUCUGUCGUCGGAAGCAGAGAUCGAUGUGGAGUCGGUUACGUUAUCGUUGGUUCAAACCAUCAGAUACACCAAACCUUUCUUGCUAGCCUCAUCUACGAUCUCAAAUUGUAAGGAUUGUACUACCAAGACGACCACUUUGGCCAGAUGGGAUGUGUUGACCACACGGUGCUCGUUUGCUGUAGGGAGUCACGCCUAUCCAUUCUCGCAUUUGUUGCCUGGAUCUUUACCAGCUUCAUGUAAAUUGGGAUCACCCAAUUCUCAGUCAUACAUCAAGUACGACUUGAUUGCCGUAGCCAAAAAAUCUAAUUCAAAUAGCGAAACCAUAGUCAAAUUGCCCAUCAACAUCUCGCGUCUGAUUCUCCGAGGUCCAGAUAGGAACUCUCUUAGAGUGUUCCCACCUACGGAGGUCACUGCCGCAGCAGUAUUGCCCAAUGUAGUAUACCCGAAGUCAACUUUUCCUGUUGAGUUGAAGUUGAAUUAUGUAGUUAAUGCUGCCGGGGAUCGGAGAUGGAGAAUGCGGAAAUUAACAUGGAAGAUCGAAGAAACGAUUAAGACUAGAGCAUCGUCAUGUGCCAAACACGAGCAAAAAAGAAGGGCGCUUGAAGCCCAUCAGAAGAAGAUACCUCCUCCAAAGGACAAUCCGGUAAACAGGGCAAGUAACCACCAUAGCAAUAUUCACACGAGUAUGUCUUUUCUAGCGCAUCCCAGAAACAACGGUCACCACAAUUUAAACGGUCCUGACAAUCUGGCUCCCGACGACAGCGAGCCUGUGACAGACGAUGUAGUGAACGAUGUCGAAGAAAUGAUUCGGAGUGGUCCGUCGCAUGCACACGAGAACUUCAUAGAAGAUUUUGGUUCGAACGGUAAUGUCGAAAGUUCGAGAUUGAGAUCGAAUCAAUUGCCAACAAGUAACAAUAUUACACCUGAGCCUACGCAGCAGGACUUAGGAGAGUAUUUGUAUAUCGAGGAAACUCGAGCUGUAUCCCAUGGUGAGAUCAAGUCUGGUUGGAAAUCAGAUUUCUCUGGCCGUGGAACCAUUGAGUUGGUUGCUGAUAUUAGCGCUUACAAUUGUUCUUCUGGGUUCAGUAAGAAUGUCACAAAGAUGAGCAGUGAUGAUGACAGAGUCGACGACCUUCAAAUAGGAUUACGUAACGGUGCCAAUAUCUGCUGUGAUAUGGACGACCCGUGCCUUGGAGUAUUUGUGUUCCACACUUUGAUCUUAGAAGUGAUUGUAGCUGAAGAAAUAGUUCACAAUUUGCAGCACAAGAGAACAGAAAGAUCCGAGGGAAUUCUAAACUUGACACCAGUAGACUCGAGUUCUUCAGCUCUUGUAGACGAAAAUGGAGCUCCUACCCCAACAACUGAAUUCAUACCCUCCACUACACCGUCACAGAUGGGUGUUCCUACAGGUGCUGCCAGAGUGUUGAGAAUGCAAUUCAAGUUGUGUGUAACUGAACGAUCUGGUUUGGGUAUUGCCUGGGAUGAUGAAGUUCCACCAACAUACGAAGAUGUGAGAACCUUGAGUCCUCCAACAUACACUCCAAAGGGUACACCGGUGACAGGUCCAGUAACUGGAUCGGUUGUAUCCGCAUCCCAAACGCCAGGACUGGGACGUGGUACACCCAACGUCCUUUACGGUGUUGGGGAGACUCCACUAAUGGGAAGCUUAGGACUCAACCGUGAGGUGCGCCCCUUGAACCUCGACGAGCUCGCGGAUCUUGAUGAGAGGAUCCAGGAGUUGUCAUUAUAGACUGAGGGGUUCAUUAUGACUAUUUAUGUAUAUAUUAACAUUACACCAGCAUAUGACACAUUUCAGUAAUAUAUGGUAUAUGAGUGG